UAAAUUCGGCCCCAACCUCGACGGAUCAGAUCUCCCAGAGCUCUCCAUAUAAUCCAACUCCCCCCUUUACCUCAUAAACCCUAUUCGAAAUCAGAAAGCUUAGGGUUUUGUAGUCGGUCUCCUGAGAGCAGAGUGACAGAGUGAGAACCGGACAAGGUGAUUACGAUGGCUUUCUUAAGUAAAAUUGGGAGCAUACUUAGGCAGACUGCAAACAAGCAGAUCAGGUCUGAAGUAUCUCCUCUCAAACUGUCCAUCCAUCAAGCUAUAAGAUGCAUGUCAUCCAUGGCAAGCUCAAAGCUGUUCAUCGGAGGUAUUUCGUACCAGACAGAUGACCAGAGUCUGAGAGAGGCUUUUCAGAAAUAUGGGGAAGUUGUUGAGGCAAGAAUCAUCAUGGACCGCGAAAGUGGUAGAUCAAGGGGAUUUGGAUUCAUUACCUUCACUUCUAGCGAGGAAGCAUCUAGUGCUAUCCAGGCCUUGGAUGGGCAGGAGCUUCAUGGCCGCCGCGUAAGGGUGAAUUAUGCUACUGACAGGCCUCGCCCCAGCUAUAAUAACUACGGUGACGGUCAAAGUAGUUAUGGAUCUGGUGGUGGAAAUAAUUAUGGUAACUAUGGACCCAGCGGAGGUGACAGCUAUGGAAGAGGAAACACUGGAUAUGGUCAAGGAAGCUACAACAGUCCUGGUAAUUAUCCAAGUGCAAACGCUUAUGAUGCUCCCGGUGGAGGUUUUGGCAAUAGUAACAAUUUUGGUGCUGGUACUGCCGAUAACUUCAGUGUUGGUGGCGACAACAGCUUUGGCACUGCUAGUGCUCCAUUUGGAGAGAACAAAACUGGCUUUGGCCUGGAUGAUCCACUGGAAGGAAACGAUAGGGACGAUGAUGAUGCUGGUGACUUCGCCAAGAGGGCCUGAUAAUAAUUAUUAGAUUUCAGGGGCUGUUAGCUUCUCCGGCAGUGCUACAAGUAGAUUUUUUUUGUUUAUGUUACAGCCUUCUCAUGUUCCCUUCCCCGUUUCUCCGAACCAUUUUAUUACAUUUUAUGCCGUAUUUGCCUGUCACAAACUUCACGCACCUUUCUGUGUGCUUUGUUAAUGAAGGACCUUGAAUUGUGGAA